UCUACACUUAGGAGCAAGUCUGAAGGAGGAUACAUAUGCACAAAAGCACCAUAAGGAAACUGCAGGCACUUAAAAAGAGCUGGUGAGAAGCACCAAUCCUCCUCAGUGAAAUGCAAAAGUGCUGACAAUGGGCUUCACAGCAUUGCAUAUUCUCUGGCUUGUACCUGCAUUCACUUUGACAACACAAGAGUUGGUGGAACUAAGUGUGAGUCCCAAGAUUACUGCAGAGUGUGGCAAACAGGUGACCCUACAGUGCAAAGUGUCCUCAUUUCCAAAGGGACUGUUAAUCAGACAUAUGGAGUGGUCCCACGACAAAAUGUCUUUAUGUUUCGUGAACAGUGCAGGAAACAUUACACACAACAGAAGUGCAUUAAGUGACUUCCACUGUGAGUAUAGAAAAGGACAAUUGUCACUCAUCUUUAAAAAAAUGCAGCCACUGGAGAGUGAAAACUCACCCUACAGGUGCAAACUUCAAUCCAACAUGGGAGCGCGGCACAAAUAUACACCUGUGGAGUUACAAGAGUGUUGCGGGAUUGCCGAGGGCGUUUCAACAACUAAUGGUCCUGCUUGCACCUUCAAUGAUGUCUACCCAGAUGGAGAUGUGCACUGGUUUCACGGCUCCCAAAAUCUCUCAGAUGAGUCUAUGAAGCACCACACUACUAAACGUGUAGAGGCAGGGGGUUGGCUGACUAUUAUUAGUUACCUGAAGUGGAAAAGGUCGGACGUGUCCUACAACUGUUCCUUGAAGAGCACCAAAUCUGGUAGAUACAUUGCAAGUAUUUUGGUUGAGAAUGCUAAAGCCCAUGCAGUCAGAUCACAGGGACCUAUGGGGACAAUUCUAUGUAUUUCCAUCUUACUUGCUGUCACACUGAAAUAAUGGAUCUGCCAGAGUAAAUCCACAUCAUGUAGUGUGAUAAGAUAUUAAGGUGAAGAGGUGAUUAACACUGACUAAAAGGAAUAAGAAACAAUGAGGUACUGAGAUUUAUGUAUCCCUUCAAAAUCUAGGGCAAAGCACUCUAAGCUAAGUGAAUCAUCUUGUUUGGUCCAAAGGUGUAUUAUUCGUCCUUUAAGCUUUCGGCUGAAGUAAUCAAGGAAAUUAUUGUUAUUAUUAUUAUCAUUAACACUGUAUAAAAUGUUGUAUAUUCCAGUAAACAGCAAAGAAACCCAUGUAGAAACACACACACACACACACACACACACACACACACACUUCUAACUACUGGUCCAACUGGUUCUUGAGCUAUAAACCCUCUAGCCACAGAUUAUUUUCAGGAGUGUAUAUUUAUUUCCGAAAGAGUGAGAUGAAAACAUCAGUUGACAGGUGUUUCCACAGCCAAGCUGUCUGCGUGUGACCACGAGCACAAUGAAAAUAAAAUCUGUCCAUCUGGAUCAGAAUGCAGACCUCAAAAGAUGGGCUCUGCUGUAAAUUCCCUUCAGAAACAAUGAAGCCUUUGUGUGUGAGAUAUCAAAUAUCUGAACACAGGAACUCUCAGUCACGCAACAACUCCGAGGUUUGUGGUGGCAUGCUGCCCUCUGGUGAACUAGUCGUGAUCAGUGAUGUACUGUACUGAGGGCAAAGGUUUGCUGCGCUAACAGAAUGUAAAAAUUACACUUAAAAAAAAAAACAAUAGAGACGAUUUUUUUGUAGAAAGUUGUUUCAAUGAAACAUUUCCCACAGUGAGGGGAAAUAUCCAGGGUGAGUGGGUUUAGUGAGAGGCGGUGAGAAGAUAUGUUUUUCGUGAUUUGUCUGAAUCAACCCUUUAAGAUGGAGAGAGUAUGGAAAAUUGUGGAAUUAGUUUCUUUUAAUUUGAAAUCUGACCAUCAGUCAGACUGGGUGGAGCUCCUGGGUAGAGCACACACAGGUAAGAAGACAGCUACUUCAUCAACUGGCCCUCUGUCUCUCACUACUCAAAGCUAGAGGACAAACUCAGCUCCACGUCUCAAACUCGGCUUUUUAAGGCUCAGUGCAUCCGCUUCAGACAGGACAUUUGAGAGCCUUUUCAAGUCAGAAGGACUCUGCUAAUGGUGUCACUAAAUCGUCGCUACACAGGGGCAGGUUGAGCUUUUAGCAAGAUGUUGCUGCGGCUGAGAGCCCACUGGGUAAAUGAAAAACAAGGUCACUUUGACUGUUCAAGAGCACAUGGAUGCAGACAGAAAACAGCCCUGACAAACACACAUGCACAUG